GCCGGUAGCUCUGCUGGAUUGCUACGCCCAAUGGCACGAAAGAAAAUCAAGAUUCUUCGCCCUCGAUCUUGAUCCAACGCUGCCAACGCUCUCCAAAGAUCCAACCAACCGGUAGACCACCACAACAACAAAGACCACAACAACAAGUUAGUCAAGAUAACAGAAGAAGAAGAAGAGGAAGAAAGAUGUCUCAUCAGAAGAAAACCUUAAAGAUUGUGAUUCUGGGCGAUUCGGGUGUGGGCAAGACCUCGCUGAUGAAUCGAUACAGCAGUGGCAAAUUCACGGGUCAAUACAAGGCAACGAUUGGCGCCGACUUUUUGUCUCGUGAGAUUUUUGUGAGUGAUCAAUUUGGGGUCCGACGACAAGUGACACUUCAAAUUUGGGAUACUGCCGGUCAAGAGCGAUUUCAAUCGUUGGGAAAUUCCUUUUAUCGCGGCAGUGAUGCCUGUUUGUUGGUGUACGACAUUACCGAUCCGCAUUCCCUCGAUAAUCUGGAUCAUUGGCGUCGUGAAUUUCUGCAGCACGUGGGUGGAAACAGUCUGGGAGAUAUCGACACGACAUUGGGUCAAUCGAGUUUUCCAUUUGUCGUGGUGGGAAAUAAAAUGGACAAACAAGGUGAUCGACUCGUGCCACUGGACCGUGCCGAAGAUUGGUGUCGACGAGCCGCGGGCAAUUUUGCCAUGGGUAUGGCCCGUCCUUUGGCCCAUUUUGAAUCUUCUGCCAAAACGGCCAUUAAUGUCGAAGAAGCAUUCCAAGAAGCUGCCAGACUCGCACUGCAAUACGAAGCCUACAAACAACGGUCUACUCCACAAUUGUUCAUUCCGCCAGCCCAGCCACCCAUUGAUUUACGAUAUCAAACUUCCAACAUGACCAAUAACUCUACUCGAAGUACCUCGGACAGUUGUUGUUGAAACAAUCAACGCCACCACCACAAUACACCACCACCGCCUCAAGCAAAAGAUUACAAUACAAUCCACUAUCAUGUAGCCAUGUUGGCCAAUUCAAGCAAUGCUUUUGAUCGAUGCAGUUUCAAUAAUGGUUGCCGUGGUACCGUACACAUGUUCGGUAGGCUACAGCUAGUGGCUAGAGUGGAGUGGCCAAACAACACGUUUUGUCAUGGGGGGUAAGUAGGUUUAUUGGUUAGUGGUACCUGUAGUGGUAAGCAGACAUAAAAGAAAGUUUGUACAUGU